ACCAUAUUUUUGCCAAGUGGACUUUGGACUAGUAACGAAUUUGAGCUAGGGCAUCUUACAAUGGAAGUCUUGUAGCUUUCUUCGUGGACUUAAAACACAACUCUAGAGUUUGAACAUCACCGUCUAUGGCGGGUCAAGCCACAAAAUUGUAUACUAAAUUGAAAACAAAGACUUUCUUUUAGUUUGAAGGGAAAUUGUUUCUUGUAUCAGUGAUUAACCCCUUAUUACACAAAAUCGAGAUUUUUUGGAAAUGGGGUUUGAUGAAAUGGAACCAAUGUUUGGGCGAGUAAAUGCAGAGUGGUCAGCACCUCACAAAACCCCAUUGAAACCUUUCCUCUUUCAUGUCCAUGGGUUGCCAAGUGAUCCCUCUACUCUUAUUGUAUGUGCCACUGAUUUCCAUUCAAAUACAUGGGAAGCUUUGAAGUCUGCCCAGGAGCUUGAACAUAUGAGGGACAGAACUGGUAUAGGAGGCUCUUGGUCUGACUUUGUAGAUUACCUUAUAGCUUCCUUAAAGUCUGAAGAUGUGAAGCUUGUUAUGGAUGGACAGUCAAAACUUGGAGGUGCUGCACAUGCAAAAUUGGUUGCUCAGAAAGCAAAGGGGAUGCCAAGAAUCGCUAUAUCACUUAGUAAACUUGUGGAUACUGCAGCAACUGAGGCAAUGGCAAAUCUUUCUCUGGAGCUCUACAAAACAUUUACAGAUGUACAUAAUUUGCUUAAAGCUGAGCAACAACGAUGCUGUGAGUUGACAAAUGUUUUAUCGGAAGAAAAGCAGGAAAAGAACGAAACUGCCCAGAAGCAACUCGAUGCACUUCUGUACUCAAAAAGACAUAAACCGCAAAAGAUUACUGAAAUUACAGCCUCAGAUACUGCAACCGUCAGUCGCUCACUGGAGUCUCCAGUUAAGCAAGCAACCCAACUUCCCUCUACAAAGGUGACUAACCGUGUGGUUCCAGCACAUCGUAGGGCCAGAGUCCGAGGUGUUCUUUUACAUGAUACUGAAGAUGAUAGACAAGAUUAGAAAAUACUGUCAUUUAUCUCUGUCAAUACAACUGUAUAAUGGAAUAUAUGGUGGAUCUAGGGAAGACAAGGUCUACUAGGUUAAAGUCGAGAUUUAUUUAAGAUUGAGUUGUUAGGUUCAAGUCGUGGAAAUAGUCUCUUGCAGAAAUGUAGGGUAAGGCUUCCUUGUCAAAAAAAGAAAUGUAGGGUAAGGCUGCGUACAAUAGACCCUUGUGGUCCGGCCCUUACACGAACCCCGCAUAGCAGGAGUAAGGUGCACCGGGCUCCCCCCCCCUUUUUUUUUUUUUUUUUAAAGAGUUGUUAGGUUCAGAGAAACAAUUAAGUCAAUGUGCAGAUUAGUCUUUGUUUGUAGUGAACAAGGGGACUCCAUCCAAGUUUUAUCCACCAACUGGGAGACUGGUCAAAGGUGAAGAAUCUCUUAUAUUGAUUGCAGUGACCAAGGUGUUGGGAUGAAAAAUAACAGCUUUUAAAUA